GCUCCUCCUAGACUCCUAACAACGGCCACCUUCUCUAUCAAAUUCCGGCCAAUCAACUAGCAAACACCGACGGUAGGACCUGCCGACUCGUUGAUUACUAAAACGAUUGUCUUUAGAAUUUCGAACCCUUUCCUUUUUCGAUUUCUCUUUCAAACCAGUGACAUGCUUCACCUAAUCCACUUUGGCCGACCAAGUUCUUGCCGAAAAUCAUAGAAGGAACUUAUUUGGCUUCACAGUAGCGAUUGUCACUUUUCCUCUCUCUAUUGCGAUUGUCUUGUUUUCUCUCUCUCAUUCUUCUCCUAUUUUCAUUCUUCAGUGCUUCCAAAAUCGUUUUAAGAAGCGCCGAAGAGCAAUUGCAAGGUUCUAUCCUGCUUUAGAACCGGUCUUGGUUUCCUUAGCAAAACCAGUGAGGUCAAACUGCUCUGCCACGUGGAGAAUUGGCUCUGCCAUGCUCUUUCUCUGUUACUGUUAAGACAAACUGCCAGCCAAUAAGUAAAGUAGCUCGCAUACAGUCAUACUAUCGAAGUAGCCUAGCGAUAGUUUCUCGAGCCCACUUAGGGAUCUUGAAGAAACAUUAUUAUGGAAAAUUCACCACACUUUCUCAAGAUACUUCUUGGUGAUGUUAUCCGCCAUGGAAGACUUGAAAUCCCAGAGAAAUUUUUGAGGAAGUAUGGUAAUGGUCUAUCAAGUCCAGUGACACUUAAGGUCCCCAGUGGAGCUACGUGGCAAGUAGAACUGUUGAAUUGUGAUGAUGAAGUUUGGUUAGAAAAGGGUUGGCAAGAAUUUGCAGAAUAUCAUUCUUUACAAUGUGGACACUUAUUAGUUUUUAAAUAUGAGCAACCUUGUCAUUUCUAUGUAAUCAUAUUUGAUAAGAGUGCAACAGAGAUAGAGUACCCAUGCGCGAGGAUCUGUACUGCAGACCGGAAUCUCGAUGAAGAACUCAAAGAGCCUAAGGUGGAAGAAAAUGAAGAUAACAGCUCUGUUGAGAUAUUGAAUUAUCCCUCGUCAAACUUGAAAAGAGGGGGGGAAACACUACGUCCAUGUCCUCUGUCUCCUAAGAAGAUGAGAACUGUUGCAGCUAAUAAGACAACAGAUACUGCAGUUAGCAAUCAUGAUUCCCCAUCUAGUGGUAGCACAAUUGGGAAUCCAUAUUCUUCCAUGAGAGAUUUUGGAGGAAAUUUCAACAAAGGGUUGUCCAAAGAGAAUUCUUUUCUGAAGGCGAUAAGGGGUUCAUGCCCACGUACUUCCAAAGCUCACGAAGCUGCAAAUAAGUACAUUUCGAAGUAUCCAUCCUUCAAGUCUGUUGUGAAUGUAGAAUGUUUGAGGCGUUGUACUGUGGUUAUACCAAAUAGCUUCAGUCGUGAGCAUUUUUGGCAUAAAGUGGAGGAUUUGACACUAAGAGUUGCUGAUAGAUGUUGGCAUAUGAGAUUGUUAAAUUAUUAUGAUAAGAGAUUAACCAAGUUUGGUGCUGGUUGGACUGCAUUUGAAAGGGGAAAUUCUUUGAAGAAAGGAGAUGUUUGUGUGUUUGAGCUGAUUGAGAGUAGGGUCCUGAAUGUAUGCAUUUUCAGAUGUAGCGAUUAAACAGCUGGUCAUCUGCUAUUACUUCUGGUUUUUUCAUUGUAGUUGAACACAUAUUAGCUAGAUUGCUUUUGGUCCUUUUGAAUAGACUCAUUUAUUUUGAAUUAA